UAGACGCAACGAGGCGGGGACAGAGACCGGAAGAGCCGCUGUUUAUUUGUGUCUGUGUCAAUAAAGUUUAGGGCGACUGACGUCACAGGUUGCGGGAAAGAGGAAGACACGUGGGCAGCGGCUGAUGUAAAGAAGCUACAAUGUAACUAGCGGCCGAUACAGGCUGAGGAUGCGCUGCCCGCUCUGCCACGUCCUGCUGGCCCUGACUCUGCUGUGUAACCUGCUGCUUCUGUACUACACCUGGCGCCUCCGCCCGGAGCCGCGCCCCCCGUCUUCUCUGUCCGCGGGCAUCACUGUCAUUGUGCGGGAGUUCCGCCCCUUUGAGCAUGGCCUGGCGGAGUUACAGCGCUCCUUCCUGCGCGCCCGCCCUGCACUCCAGAUCCUGGUGGCUUCAGAGUUGGCUCCGUACCCGCCGGUCCCUGGCAUUUCCCUGCUGAGGCUUCACCCAUCCCCGGAGCUGCCCAGCGCUGCCGCCCGCCUGGAGUCCCAUGUUCACACCCGCCUGGUGGCGCUGGUACCGGACGGGUGUGCCCUGGAUCCUCCUGAUCUCCUGGAGCGGAUGGCUCGUGGACUGCGCGACGCUGCGCCCGGAGUCAGACUAGUGGCGGCCGGAGCUGGCGCCCCCCUGCACUGCCUGCGCCUGAACGUGUCUCGGAGGGAAUGGACGGCACAGUACCGGGUGGCCGGCGGCGGAGAGUCCUGCGGAGCGGUGGCCGGAGCGGCAGUCCUCCUCAUGCGCUCCCGCGACUUGUUUGACUUGCCCUUUCCUCUCUCCCGCCCCCUGCUGGCGGCCAUAUUUAUUCAGGCGGCUCUGCGUGGGUGGAGGGUGAAGGUGAUGGAUGACGUCAUGUUUCCUCGCACUCCGUUCCCGGCCACAGACCACGGCCGCUGGAAGGCAGAGCAGGCGGAGCGGGCAGAGGAGGCAGCCACAAUGCGGGCACUGGGCGUGAAGCUGCUGCGCGGACUGGAUGGGGGGGAGCGCUGGUUUGGCUGCACCAAGGAGACGCCCCGCUGCUUUGGGACUGUGGUUGGAGAAACCCCGGAUUACCUGCACGAGGGGCGCUGGACCCCCCCCUGCUGCCUCCGGGCCCUCAGGAUCACAGCGCUCCACGUCAUCAAGGUCCUGGAGGCAAACAACGUGCGGUACUGGCUGGAGGGGGGGAGCCUGCUGGGGGCCGCCCGCCAUCGGGACAUCAUCCCCUGGGACUAUGACGUGGACCUUGGCAUCUACCUGGAGGACGUCGCCCUGUGCCCAGAGCUGCAAGGGGCCCACGACGGCUCUCUGGUGGAUGAGGAGGGCUUUGUGUGGGAGCGGGCCGUGGAGGGCGACUUCUUCAGGGUGCAGUACAGUCAGACCAACCACCUCCAUGUGGACCUGUGGCCCUUCUACCCCCGGGAUGGACUGAUGACCCGGGACUCCUGGACUGGUCACCCGCAGGACAUUGAGUUCCCAGAGCGCUUCCUCCGGCCCCUGCAGACGCUGCCGUUCGCCGGGGCUUUAGUUCAAGCCCCAAAUCGCCACGUGGAGCUGCUGAAGAUGAAGUUUGGGGAGAGAGCCAUAGAGGAACCCGAGUACCCCAACCCGGCCCUACUGAGAAUGGGGGGGGCGGUGAGACCAGAGCGAGGUCUGAAGGGUGGGAGGGGGCGCAGGACGAUAGGGGGCGCAGGACGAUAGGGGGCAGAUAAUGGCUGAAAUAAACAAAUGAUGUUCACUGCAUGGACUGUGUAUAUACCCCGGAGAGCAAGGGGCGGAUACAUGUAUAUAUCGUAUAUACCCAGGAGAGCGAGGGGCGGAUACAUGUAUAUAUUGUAUAUACCCCGGA